AUGAAUGCCCUUCCCAGUAUUGUAAAAGAGACAAGGUCAACCUGGGCCGAAGAAGGCUUCACCAAGACCCAGAAGAAGGGCGACAAGAAACGCAAGAAGAGCAGGAAGGAAAGCUACUCCAUCUACAUCUACAAGGUGCUCAAGCAGGUCCACCCAGACAAGGGCAUCUCAUCGAAGUCCAUGAGCAUCAUGCACUCCUUCGUCAGCAACAUCUUCGAGCGCAUCGCUGCUGAGUCUUUCCGCCUGGCCCAUUACAACAAGCGACCCACUAUCACUUCCCGGGAGAUCCAGACUGUUGUGCUCCUGCUGCUGUGCACCAAGGCCGUCACCAAGUACACCAGCUACAAGUGA